CAUUGGUUAGCGCAGACGUCUGUCCCACUCCUGGUUCCCUGUAUUCCAGUAAUCCCAACCCACUCUGGAGUCACUGGGCACGGUCCAACAACACGGCAGGGACGGGUACAGGAUCGCGCAGAUACCGUAGUUCUUAAAUUAUUUGUCACGUCAUUCAGGACCGGGAUUAACAGAAUAAACAGCCGAGGAACCGGUGAAAAUCCGUUCUCGUCGAAUCAGAGGGCUUCCUCUGUCUACGUUUUGCUUCUCAGGAUGUUUUAACGCGGUAUUGCUGAAGUGAAGAGGACCGUCGCUUCAGGAUCUGCAGGCAGCGACUCGGCCAGUAAAUAAUCAUGGCUCGCUUAAGUGUCAGUCCCACCUCAAAGCUUAACAGUAGCUUUGUCUGGCUCCUGUGCCUUGUCCUCGGCUUUUCAACUAUGCUCAUUCAUGCAAAAACUGUCCUUACAAUACCCCAGCAGUUGAGACUGUUUCCUAACAGGGACACGCAGGAACUCUCCAUAUCCUGGUUGGGAGGAACAGCCACGACCUUUGACCUCAUCAUUCUAAGAACUGAAUUCAAUGAAACUGUCCUCUAUGAGACAGUGUCUCCAACAGUAAAUGAGGAGAGUGGUCUGCACCAGUGGACGUGGACCUCAGUUGAACCUCUGGAGUGUACCUCACUGUCAGUCCAAAUCCGCUCAAGAGAUGGGCAGUCUACAAGUGAAUGGAGCUACACUGAGACACUUCAAGGAAAGGAUCUCCCCAGCAAUAAGGAUUUUCAGAUGUACCCCCAGGACAGGAUUGUACCUGUUGGGGCCAACACUACGUUCUGUUGCAUUAUGGAAGAGGGGAUGGUCUUUGAUGAGAUGUACUAUGAGAGGAUAGUCAUGAAUGUGACACGACUGAGUAGACGAACCUAUUCCACUACAGUAUUUGACCAGGAGGCAUCUCGCCCAGCAGGAAACAAUCUCGUUUGUUACUCAAAAAACAAGGAAAAGCUGACUGGAGCAUCUGUGUUUGUUGGAUAUCCACCACUACCCACUGAUUUUAAAUGUGAGACACAUGACUUAAGAUCAGCUGUGUGCCAGUUAAAUGAAGGACGAGAGACUCACUUCUAUGGCAAACGAGGAACUCGCUACUUUUUGAACAAGAGGAACUGUACUUGGCUACAGCAGGGACAGAAAGAGAAAACCUGCAGUGUAGACAAGUGGGAGGGUAACUGGACACUGGUAGCUGUGAAUCCUCUUGGUCAGUACAGCCUCACUGACUCUGCUGAACUCAGUCACAGAGUGUGCCCAGUGGCACCAGUUAAGCUGGACGCUAUUGUUGAUGCCUGGAAUGCCACUGUGUCGUGGCAGUGGGAGUAUGACAGCUAUUCUUCGUUGGCGCUUGUCUGCAAGGUACAGAUUACCAACAGUGGGGACAAUGAACUAACAGAGCGUGUUUUCUCUGGUGUGGGUCUGCGGUCUGUGUUUCUGUCGGACUUGCAUCCUGAUGAGCGUUACAGUGUUAAAGUCAGCUGCGGUGCCCAGCAGAAUUUCUGGAAGUGGGGAAACUGGAGCAAUCCGUUAUACUUCACAACCAAAAUCUAUGUUCCAGAGGCCCCGGAUGUUUGGAUAUGGAUAAACAGAGACAACACUGGGAAGGUUAUUUGGAAGCCUCUUACACGAAGACAGAGCCACGGUAAACUCACACAUUAUGAAGUUUCUUUCUGGAGCCCUGAAGAAAAUCAAACAGUUGCGCCGACUGUGAGCUUGUCACCGAGUACUUUGGCUGCACCAGUCAACCUCACACAAAUCGCUUCCUUCGGCAGUGACAAGAUCAUAGCAGUUGUCACUGCAAAGAAUGAUGCGGGGUCUUCUCCACCUGCAAGUGUACAUCUCCAUUUGACAAGUGUGGAACCACUUACUGUAACCAGGAUAGUUUAUACAGAUAAAGGUUUCCCCCUGUUCUGGGAAAGCAGUGCAAGUGCCACCGGUGGGUAUGUGGUAGAAUGGCUUGAUGCCUCAUGCUCACGUGAUUGCCCUGUUGAGUGGAUUAAGGUGCCUGCUGGAACCACUAAUGUCUCCAUUGAGUCAGACCAGUUCCAGCCGGGAAUCAGAUACAACUUCUCCUUGUACAGCUGUUCCUCAGAUUCCAAUGAACUAUUGCAGCGCUGGCAGGGAUACGUGCAGGAGCUGGUCCCUUCUGCUUCUUUGACUCUGUCAGCCGGUCAGCAGGACUCUGAUAUUCUUCUUACCUGGAGAGAAAUUCCACUGGUGAACAGAAGAGGCUUCCUCCUGGGCUACAAUAUUUACAUCAGCAAUGGUUACCAGCUCACACUACUAGCCAAUCUGUCUGAUGCAGAAACGAUGAGCUACACAAUAAAGGGUCUCACUAAGGGCACCUACAAAUUUACUGUCAAGGCCUAUACUGCAGCAGGCGAGGACACGGGCACCACUGCUUCUGUAACACUGGAGCCUUACACUGAUUGGCUCAUCUUGGAGAUCUUGGCUUCUUUAGGGAUUGUAACCUUAUUACUGGCCGUUGUCACUUUUGCUUGCUACAAGAAGAGAAAGUGGGUAAAGAAGGCUUUCUAUCCAGAUAUACCAGAGCCCAAGCUUCCCAGUGAUUGGCCCAGGGCACAGGGUCCGUUGGAUGUGAAGCCAUCUCCCCACAGUAUGGUCCGUGUUGUAGAAAAGCCCGAGUAUGAUUGCAGUAAAGAAAUGCUUGUCGCCAUUCCUGAGGAAGAUGAGGAUGAUGAAGGACAGGGGAUAGGAGAUGAGCCAGUUGACACAGAUGAGCCAACGUCAUUACGCUACUAUAACCAGGUUGUAGAUGAGCAUCCCAUAAGGCUGCGUUUCCCAGACUCGUCUACUUCUUCGGUAUCUUCCAUGGAUUCAGCGCAUACCGACGUGACAUACACAGGGAUCCAGACCUCAGGGUCUUCUUUGGUUCUCCAGCUGGAUCCACAGGGCUCCUCUGAGGGCCGCCAACCCCAGCUUAAUCAGUCAGUCAGCUAUGGAGGAGGCGGGUAUCGGCCUCAGAUGCAGCCUAGAGCCCCAAGUGAUGACAUGGGUCUAGCUUCACCUGAGCCCUUCUUAGAGCCACAGGCUACCUGCACUGGGGGCUACAAGCCCCAGUGCUCCUGGCAUUUGGACUCUCCCACAGAUGCUGCAGAAAGGGGCAGCCUGGCGCCUUCACUGGGAUCCCCUACUUCUGUUGCUUCCACUCAGUUCCUUCUCCCGGAUGGAGAGGAGCAUGCAGGGGAGAAACGACAGCUGUCGUCAUCAGCAGCAACCUGGUUCACUAACCUGCUGUCAUCCACAAAACCGUGAUGUCAUCUCUCUCUCUCUCACUACUAUCAGCCAGGCCAGGGGGUCUAACGUAAAACUUUUUUGAUCAUUACUGUUACCAGUGUCAUGUAUCACAAGGCUGAGCCGUAUGGUCUAAAUAUUCCCUCUGAUGUAGCACGACAUGAUUUCAGUUGCAUUUUGACAGCAGCGGUUAAUGAUACAUACCAAACACGUAGAAAUGUGUAUCUCGUUAUCUUUUGGGCCACGUAUCAUAAAUUUAAAUCUGUAUAUUUAUAUAUCAAAACAUUUAUAUCAAAUUAUUUCUCCAUACCUCUUUCUUCCAUAUAUAUUGCACACCCUGGAGACCUGGUAUCUGUUCUGUGACCCUGUGAUGGGCAUUUCCUAAUGGUAUAUCCUGUGUUUCAGCUGAUUUUUAGUGUGCUUUUUUAUUUUUUGUGAAGUAAGCUUUACUGCACUACGGACAAAAACUGAAAGCAAGACAGCUUCAAACUUUAUGACAGCACUCUAAAAUCCUUUAGAACACAGUUUUAAAUUGUAUCCAUGUCUUCUAUUGUUUCACCAUUGGGUUAAUCUUACCUGCUUUAUGACAGCUACAGGAUUGUAGCUCCAGCCCGUUCAGAUGUGAUCUGUAUUUCACAGUUAAAACAGGAAGAUAUGAAUGGAACGAUGCACUUAUCGAUGAGAACCAUCUUUAGUUUACACGGAUGUGGGUGUGGUGCUUUAUAUUAUGGUCUGGAAACACGUGGGUGAUGAACCCAUGAAACAUACACUGAUAUAAGCUAAAACAUGAAUGAAAAAUGAUGUAUUAUAAUGAACAAACACAUUCAUGUGUUUUUUUUUGUUUUUUUUUUUUGCUAUGACUUCCUCACAAGUAGAGUUUAUGGUUGGUUUGUUUUUCUUUCUUGUUACGAAACACAUUUCACGGUCAGGCCAGUGUACUUGUUUAGUGCUACGCGUCAUACAUUACCUUUAAGCCGAUGAUUGGUAUUAUACAUUUUUACAUAUGUUUUUAACUAAUGCAAUUAGUUAAGCAGUUUUCAAGUUGCUUUAAUAAAUGCAAUGCUUCCAGUGAUUUGUGCCGUCACAUUUCACACAUUGCCUUAUUACCCCUAACACUGUUUUAUGCCAGCGUGGCUCAGAAUCGAUCAGAAGCUCAUUGUGUUAAGCGUCUGGAUCCCACCGGCACUUUUGGUUUCAUGUACUGGAGAUGUCAGUUUUCAUCCGUUCUAGUGAGCGGCUCGCUUUGGCUUCUCUGUGUGGAUGUGAAGAUUUCUUUGGUUUCUUUAUUUUCAAGCUGAGAGAUUUCUGCAUAAGAACUUGAUAUCACUUUGCUAUGCUGUGUUUUUUAUUUUUGUCUACACUACAGUUAAAGUUUUUUUUUUUUUUAAUAUAAUUAUUUUUUUAUAUUUCCUUAAGCCACCUUUUAAAUUUUAUGGUUAGAUAAAGGGACCAAGGGGGGGAAAUGAUAGAGAGAAAUGACCGGAAGUGCUCAUUUAUCUGUUGCUUAAGACAAAUGUGGGGAAAUUGCUCUACAGCACUUGAGCUUCAGUGAUUACUUGUGUAAGGUGUGUGUGUUUUGUUAAGGAUGCACCAUUGCCUAGACUUCCCAAAAGCAUGAGUAUACGAAGCUUAUAAUUUAACACAAUAAUCCAGUAAACAAGAUUUAUUGUUUUGUCUUCUUUUUUUAGAGUCAGGCCAGGGCUUGCCCGCAUGGCAGAUGCGGUCUAUUGUUUCUCAGUGCCUCCAGCCAACAAGCUUUAAGCAAACCUACUGUGACAUGAAUCAUGACGUAAAUAAACUUUAACUCUGUCUUCACGGAUGAACUGAUAACAGACAGGCAGUCAGUCCUCUUUGACUACUGAGAAAAUUGCACCCCCCCCCCUUUCUUUGUCUCAGAAAACUGCUCUGAAUUUUGAUUUACGGGACAACAGCUUGCAUCACUCAAACUGAGUAAAUAGUGAACCAGACCCUUGCAAUAUGGGAGAUCGUGAAUUGCUUUGAGACUUAUAAAGAGGGGAUAUAGUUUUGAGUAUUUAAACAUGACUGCAUAUUCUGUUCGUUUGAAGCUUUCUUUAAAAAAAAAAGAAACAAGCAGUGCUUCGAAGAUUAUAUGUUACACCGUGUGUUACAGGAUUUAUGUUGAUUUGGAUCAACAAACUGGCAUCUUUCUAUUGUCCUCUACAUCUUAUUUUUAAUGCAACAAAUGUACAUAAUUUUCUUUCUUUCUUCCAAUCUCAUGAUGUUUUAUAUAAAAUGGCAUUAUAUUCCCUCUACUAUUUCGUUAAUGAGAGGAAAAUGCAAACAGAGUCAGAUUUAAAGUUUAUAUUUGUUGUAUAUAAAGUGAAUAAGAAUUGUGAUCUUUUCUUAGCUUAGUUUGCAUUGCUAUAUUACCAUAGCAGAUUGGCUUUGCCAGACAAAGGGCCAGAGUUCAAAUAUUUGCAGCUGCUGACGUGCAAUUUUCCUAACAAGUUUUUUCUCUUUUUUUUUUUUUUGCUGUUCAUCCUCAGUUUUAAUGAGCGUUUACACUGUAGAACUUUUGGAUCUGUGGUUUGUACUCUAGUGUAAACUCACUGCCCUACACGUCUUCUCUGGCCUUGGAUGUUUUUGUGAAAUCGAUGCAUGCUGUUUAAACUAAUACAGUGGCUUGUAAACUCCUUGUUUAUCUUGUCCUAUGGCUUUGAAACUAACACUUAAAUGUUGUGCAUGACAACAUGACUGAAAGUAUUGUGCAUUUAAAAAAAUUUUAUUUCAGGAAAUACUUCAGAAUUCAUCAUAUCUUGCAGAUUAUUUCAUUGAUUGAUUUUAUUGAAUGAAAACACUACAUUUUGUCUGAGUGAAAAAAAAAUGCUAACACUAACACAAAAUGGUAUGCUAUCUGUUUAAAUGCAAUAAAGUUACUUGUCUGGCCAACUGUUAA